UGUUCAUGUACUCCGGUCUUCACUGGAACCCGCUGCGAAUUCUACCUACCCUGUGGAAUCAAUGCCUGUAUGAAUGGGGCUACAUGUGAGAACAGCCCCAAUACAGCGUAUGACACCCCUUAUACGUGUGUGUGCCCUAGCAGUUUCAGUGGUGCUGUAUGCGAGGUACAAGACUUCUGCAGCGUUGACCCUUGUCCAGCAGGAGUGCCAUGUAUCAAUCUCCAGGAUACGUUUGAAUGCGAUCAUUGUGCAACUGAUGUGUGUUUGAAUGGAGCUACGUGUCUGCCCUCUACGUCUUCAUCGUUGGGUUAUGAGUGUCAAUGUAGAGAGGGUUUUACAGAUUUAGACUGCUCUGUAAACAUUGAUGACUGCCUACCGACAUCAUGUGAUAACGGAGGAACUUGCAUUGAUCAGGUGAAUGGGUUUUCAUGUGUUUGUUUGGAGCAGUUUAGUGGACCCACUUGCCAAUCUUCAUCAUCCUGCGAUACAUUAGAUUGUGAGAAUGGAUUUUGUUUGGUGGAUGAUGAAGGGAUUGAUUACUGUAGAUGUGAUCUGGGAUUCACUGGCAUGCUAUGUCAAGAAGGAGCAACGACCAAUGUGCCACAUUUCUUAGGAACAUCCUACCUGAAGACCUCUCUUCCUGCCUCCAUGCCUGUCCUCAAUGAGCUCUAUGUAAAACUUGAAUUCAUCAUGGAAAAUCAAGGGAUCAUCUUGUAUGCGCAACAGGAGUCAGGACCAGGGGACUUCUUCUCACUCAGUAUUCAAGAUAGUCGGCUUGUCUUCAACUUUGAUUUGGGUAGCGGUGUUGGAUCUGUUACUAGCGAUCCUAUUCUUCUUGAAGAGUUGGUUGAAGUGAGCAUCUUCAGGAGUGGACGAGAAGGUCAGAUGAAUGUCACAGGACAGAGUCCCAAGAUUGGUGAAGCUGGUGGAUCAUUGCAGUCCUUGAAUGUUGGAUCUGAAGUCUUUGUCGGAGGCUAUGAGGACUAUUCUGCUCUCCCAUCUGUGCUUGGAACUGGUCCUGGGUUUGCUGGUUGCAUAUUGUCUCUGGUUAUUCAAGACCAAACGUAUAGUUUCAACCCAUCGGACAUAUCUGAGCUACAGAACGUGGCUCAGUGCCGCCGCAAUGUAUGUCAGGCACGCCCCUGUCUCAACAAUGGAACGUGCCAGUCUCAACCAGGCUCCGCCUACUCCUGCCAGUGCGAUGAUGGUUACCAUGGCGAUAGAUGUGAAGAGAGAAUGGAUGUUUGUCAGACGGCUGGAUGUAGUGAUGGAUCGUCGUGUGUAGUCACUCAAGAUGGCUUCAGAUGCAUCUGUCCGCUAGGGAUGAUGGGAAUCUUAUGUGACCAGGAUCAAGAUGUGAGUGAACUAACCCCUUCUUUCCGUGGUACUUCAUAUUUGGGCUACCUGUGGCCAGAAGGGCUAUCAACUCAAGAAACUAGGAUUAGUCUACGUAUCAGACCUGGAUCCUCCGGACAGAAUGCCCUUAUUCUGUACGUAGAAGAUACUUCAUUGGCUGCCGGUGAUUUCUUAGCACUAGGGAUUGUUGAGGAUGCUGUGGAGCUGCGUUUUAACCUGGGAAGUGGUACUUCUACUUUGACCAGUGACGUCAUCACAGCUGAGGAAUGGCACGUUAUCUCCAUUGUACGCACUCAGAACACAGCUCAGUUGAUAGUGGAUGACAAUGUAGUAGAUCAUGACGGUAGUGGAUCCGUUGGUCUGACGGUAGAUAGUCUUCUUUACGUUGGAGGAGUCCCUACGCGUUCAUUCCUUCAUGAAGAUUCCAUGUUUGAUACAGGCUUCUUUGGAUGCAUUGAAAACUUGAAGGUUGGAGAAACGUCAUUGUACCCUUCAUUGGCUACAGAAGGAGCUGAUAUAGAGCAGUGUGAACACAGUACAUGUAACUCUACAGUCUGUCUGAAUGGUGGUACAUGCCAAUCCAUUGAUGCAUUCACACUUGAAUGUAUUUGUCCUUCAGGUCAGAGUGGUGCUAGGUGUGAACAAGCUGAGAUUGUGACCGUUCCCAAGUUCUCUGGCUUCUCGUACCUAGCAGUGAAUAUCAGUAACAGGAUCCAGUAUUUGUCCUCCGUUACCAUGGAGAUUAGACCAGAUACUGACAAUGAUGGUAUUAUAUAUUGGAACUCGGCUGAGAAUGAUUUCAUGGGGAUAGGUCUAGUGGAUCGACGGGUUCAAUUCACCUUUGACCUUGGAUCAGGACCUGCUACCCUCGUAAGCAAUGACCAGCUGGACAGUGGAGAGUGGUAUACGGUCAGAGUGAGCAGACGGAAUGGAGAGGGUCAACUAUGGUUGAAUGACCAGGAAAGUCCUGUGACUGGUCAGUCUUCUGGGUCCAGCGUAGGACUAAGUGUAGGAUUGACAUACAUCGGGGGAGUGGCGUCAUCGGUGACGGUGCCCGCUAGAGCUGGGAUUACUGGCGGUUUCUCAGGAUGUAUUCGCAGUCUAACAGUGAAUGAAGAGGUCAUAGAUCUGACUGAGAAUCUAGCCCAGUCUUCAGUCUCCCAGUGUAAUGAUGAGUUAUGUAAUCUUGAUCAUGGAUGUCAGAACGAAGCCCGUUGUGUGUUUUCGUCCUCCUCCUCGACUGGUUACCUCUGUGAAUGUGCACCAGGCUAUUCAGGGGACCUCUGUGAGACAUCGUCAUGUGACUUGCUUUCAACCAAUGAGCAGUGUCAGAAUGAUGGUCUGUGUUACGUGAGUGAUAGCGGUCAAGCAUCUUGCCUCUGCAGUGUAGGCUUCUCCGGACCCAUCUGUGACCAACCAUCUACAUACAGCAUUCCUAUGUUUGGUGGAAACAGCUACCUAUCAUUUGAAAGAGCCAUUCUUACAAGUGUCUUUCAUGCGACAGACAUCCGUCUUCUAUUCCGUGCCAUGGAUGCAUCGUCAGACAGCCUCCUCCUCUGGCAUGGUCCAUCAAUCCAAGAUAGUUUUAUAACAUUAGGAAUCAAGGAUGGAAUCAUCACCCUGCUUUAUAAUCUUGGCAGUGGGAUCGGAGAAUUACGUGCCGAUGAGAUCACGAUUGAGAAUUUUGUGUGGUAUAACGUGGAAGUGACGAGGAGAGGGGCAUCGGCUUCCUUGGUAGUCCAAUCUUUGAAUCCAGUCCAAUCUCAAUCAGUAACAGGAUCUAGUCCAGGAUCCUCCACUGGUCUAGCUACAUUUGGAUCCUCCGUCUUCUUAGGUGGUUAUUCAUCUGACAUCACGCAGCUAACCAAUGGUUACUUCUCAUCCGGCUUCAAUGGAUGCAUAGCUCAACUACUGACCUCGGUAAACCCAUCCGGUAAUCUUCAAGUCGUUGAUCUCGUCGAAUCGCAGCGGACGGGAGGAGCGGGGAUCCAAAAUUGUGACUUAGGAUUGAACAGUAGUUAGUCAUACACUCUUUCUUGCCAUAGAGUAAAUUCCAAGCAAAUGCAAAAUGUAUUGCAAUGUCUAAAAGUUGUUCUUCAGGUGCCUUAGACUGAAAAGAAACUGCAUGAACAAGACCUAGCAAACAUGGUUUGUCAGAAGGUUUUGUUUACAGGUUCUGAUACUGGACUGCAGAUGCACACAGAAGAUCCUGAAAACACAAAACAAGUGCAAAACAUCUAUAAAAAUAUCUAAAGGUUUUCUGUCGGUCCUUAAAGUGGAAAGUACAUAUAGAGACAAAAAACAAAGACACGGCAGGAAAAAAAACAUUUUCAGAGCAUUUAGAAAAUGAUUGCAAAAUAUUUCAAGGUUGUUUGCAGGAUCUUAGACUGGAAAGUAAAUGGAUUAAAGAGACCGAAGGAAACAAAACGUUUUUAGCAAGUUCGAAAAAACGCUUUCAAAACGUCUACAGUUUUCUGGAAGGUUCUUUGUGCGGAAAGCAGAAGAUGAAAGGGACUUAAGAAAUACAAUUUUUUUUUAAAUCCUAAGUUAAUCUGCAUGAAUUCAGUCUGGAAGGUCAAUUUAUAAAAGGUUCAGAAAAUGUCUGAUUGUUAGUUAGGGUUGGAAGUAUUGACAAUAAAAUGUUUGUACGUGAGGAUAUUUUUAUAUGGUGAAGUUUGAAAAGAAUAUAUUUUUUUGCUUGCAUUUGAUAUUGGAAUGUGUUUUCAAUCGACUACCUUCCAAUGAAAGCCUAGACUUUAUAUAUCUUGCAUCAUCACAAGAACAUUGGUAGCGACCUAUUUCAGUGCAUCAUAUCUGAGGAGAAUCCCUCUAUGUGAUCUGUGAAUGCAUUAUGUAGCUAAGAUCAUUCUUGCAUUGGCAUAGGCAUGACAACCUCAGCUUUUCCAUUAAUCCUAAAGUCAAAGUGUCUGAUUUUCUAUCUAGAUUGUACACAAUCAGUGUGAAUGGGUCAGCAAUACUUCUAGGACUCAGAUUUUAUACUUUGCUGCUUUAGCCAAAACUUGGGACAAUGGAUUUCCACUAACCAAGAGAAGAUUUCAAAAACAUUAGCUUAACUACAGCUGAAGGAUAAGUUGUAGUGAGGAAAUGACCUAAUAUUAUUGUGUUAGUAUGUUUUUUUUUAAUUAAAAGUUGUAUGAUUGGUAGCAAUACAUUUUAUACUAUCUUUUAAAAGUUUAAAAAAUUUAAAGUUUUUACAUAUUUGGAAUUGUGAACCUAUUAUUAAUUAUUGGUUUCCUCAAUUUCAGUACACAUUACAUAACUUGUGCUAACUUGAGGUAAUAUUCUACUACAAUGAAUAGCCUAUGAGAUAUUUUCUUGGCUAUACAUGUAUGUCUUUUUAUACGCCCGUCCAAGAUGGGACGUAUUAUGGUGUCACGUUUGGUGUCCGUCCGUCUGUCUGUUAGCUUUUCCUUGUAAAUGCGAUAACUUCAGUUUGAGUUAACCUAGGCUCAUAUAAUUUGGUGUGUAUGAUACUAGCAUAGAUCCAAGGAAGCAUAUUGACUUUGAGGUCAAAGUCACAGUGACAUGUUUUCAUCUUACCCUUCUGUAGUCCUUGUAAACGUAAUAACGUUGGUUUAACUUAACCUAGGCUCGUAUUGUUUGGUGUGUAUGAUACAAGUAUAGAUCCUAGCAAUUCUAUUGAUAUUGAGGUCGUAAGGUCAAAGGUGAAGGCGCUACCUUCCACUUUUCUUGCUUGACCGAUAACUCCAUUUUCCGUGUUACAGACGGCGUAUUAUGUGCUCGCCUUAGCGACACUCUUGUUGGGAUAUCUUAUGAAAAGUGCCUCCAUGAAUACAGUUCCAUGGUACGAAAUAUGAAAUGUCUUUCCAGCUUUUAUCUUCCUACUAUGUCACAGUUCAGUUUCAUUUAAACUUGCAUAGCCUAUGCUUAGAUGCCCUGUUUUAAAGCAUGCAGGUAUUUUUGCAUUUUUUAUACGAUGUAGGUGUUUUUAGAUUUUGUAUCUCGCACAUUAUAUAGAUAACGUGGAAUCACUGAACUUUUUGUUCUAAUCUGAAGGGGCUGUUCCUCUACUUGCUCAUAAAAUUUUUAUGAAUUAGAAUUUGAUCUUGAUAUUUAUUCAGAAUAUCAUUCACUUAAAUUUCCAGCAGCAGAAGUUCAGAUGCAGUCUUUGAGUAUCAAAAUUGUAAAGUAUUGAUGAAUUUCAACUCAGAGUUUAUGACCUGUCAAAGAUUGAUAA